CCUCGCCUCGCCGCGCUCCAAAAAUCCCCCGCCUCCCGCCCCCAAACCCAAAAAAAUCCCGCGCGGCCACGCGAAUUCCGCCUCCUCCGCUUCGUCCCCCCCGCGGUCGCGCGCCGCUGAGUCGAGCCGGGCCGGGGGCGCAUGGAUCCGAAGGCGGAGGGUGAUGCGGCGGCGGCGGCGGCGGUGCUGGGGGCGGACCCGGCGGGGCUGACGGCGCUGCUGGGGGACCUGACGUCGCCGGCGAACGAGGCGAGGUCGAGGGCGGAGGGGACGUUCCACGCGCUCAGGGCCUCCCACCCGGACGCGCUCGCGCUCCGCCUCGCGCACCUGCUGCUCUCGCCGGCGCACCCGUCCGCGCCCAUGGCAGCCGUGCUCCUGCGCCGCCUCAUCUCCCCGGGCUCGCAGGCGUUCGUCUACCCGGCGCUCUCCCCCGCCACGCAGUCCUCGCUCCGCGCGCUCCUCCUCUCCGCGGCAUCCGCGCCGGGGCUCUCCAAGUCCAUCUCGAAGAAGCUCUCCGACGCCGUCGCCGAGCUCGCGUCCUUCCUGCUGCCGUCCAACGCGUGGCCCGACCUGCUCACUUUCCUCUACAAGUCCAUCGCCUCCCCCUCCUCGCCUUCGGCGUUGCAGGAGUCGGCGCUCAACAUCUUAGCUCGGUUGGCCUCCCAACUCGCCGCCGGCUUCCCCAACCUCCACGCGCUCCUCCUCUCCGCGCUCUCGCACCCCUCGUCCGCUGAUGUCCGCGUCGCUGGGCUCAACGCCGCCAUCAGCCUCAUACAGUCCCUCCCCUCCGCUGCCGACCGAGACCAGUUUCAGGACCUCCUUCCUGCCAUGAUGCGUGCCCUUGCCGAAUCGCUCAACUGUGGGAACGAGGGCUCCGCACAGGAGGCGCUGGAGAUGAUGAUCGAGCUUGCAGGCGCUGAACCACGGUUCCUCCGCCGCCAGCUGCCUGACGUUGUUGGUUCCAUGCUGCAAAUUGCCGAGGCUCCUGGACUAGAGGAUGGCACGCGCCACCUUGCUGUGGAGUUUGUUGUUACCCUUGCUGAAGCGAGGGAGCGUGCACCCGGGAUGAUGAGAAGGCUGCCACGGUAUGUGGGCCGGCUCUUUGCAGUGCUCAUGACAAUGCUGCUCGAUGUCCAGGAUGAACCUGCAUGGCAUGCUGCAGUGUCAGAGGAGGAGGAUGCUGGAGAGACUGGAAGCUACGUUUUCGCACAGGAGUGUCUUGACCGGCUUGCAAUUGCUGUUGGUGGGAAUACAAUUUUACCUGUGGCAGCUGAGUUGCUCCCUUCUUUCUUUUCUGCUGAAGAGUGGAAGAGACGGCAUGCGGCACUAGUUACAAUAGCACAGAUUGCAGAGGGCUGUGCUAAGGUUAUGAUUAAGAAUCUGGAACAGGUAGUUGGGAUGGUGCUGAAUUCCUUCCAGGAUCCUCAUCCUCGGGUGAGAUGGGCAGCUAUCAACGCAAUUGGGCAGCUGUCGACGGACCUUGGGCCUGAGUUGCAAAAUAAAUUGCACCAUGUUGUACUUCCUGCAUUGGCUUCAUCCAUGGAUGAUUUCCAGAAUCCGCGUGUACAGGCACAUGCAGCUUCUGCGAUUCUGAAUUUCAGCGAAAACUGCAGGCCUGAUAUUUUGACACCAUACUUGGAUGGGAUAGUUGGGAAACUACUGUUAUUGCUUCAGACUGGAAACCAAAUGGUGCAAGAAGGUGCUUUAACUGCUUUAGCAUCAGCUGCAGAUUCUUCUCAGGAGCACUUCCAAAAAUAUUAUGACGCAGUCAUGCCAUAUCUCAAGUCUAUACUCAUGAAUGCAACUGACAAAUCAAAUAGAAUGUUGCGGGCCAAAUCCAUGGAAUGCAUUAGCUUAGUUGGUAUGGCCGUUGGGAAACAAAAAUUUAAGGAUGAUGCUAAGCAGGUGAUGGAAGUUUUGAUGACACUGCAAGGAUCUCAGAUGGAGGCUGAUGACCCUAUAACAAGUUACAUGCUGCAAGCAUGGGCGAGGCUGUGUAAAUGCCUAGGUCAGGACUUCUUGCCAUACAUGAGUGUUGUUAUGCCUCCUCUGCUCCAGUCUGCUCAGCUUAAACCUGACGUGAGUGUCACAUCUGCUGGGCCAGAAGAUGAAAAUGGUGAAUCUGAUGAUGAGGGCGUUGAGACAAUUACGCUAGGAGAUAAGAGAAUUGGCAUCCGAACCAGUCUGCUGGAGGAAAAAGCAACAGCAUGUAAUAUGCUAUGUUGUUAUGCUGAUGAGCUCAAGGAAGGUUUUUUCCCAUGGAUUGAUCAGGUUGCAACUACUCUGGUGCCUCUCCUCAAAUUCUAUUUUCAUGAAGAAGUUAGGAAGGCAGCUGUUUCAGCAAUGCCUGAGCUUCUACGUUCAGCAAAGUUGGCAAUAGAGAAGAGCCAGUCGCAAGGUCGGGAUGAAUCUUAUCUUAAGCAACUAUCUGAUUACAUAGUUCCAGCUCUUGUAGAAGCUAUACAUAAAGAACCCGACACACAAAUCUGUGCAAGCAUGCUGGAAUCGUUGAAUGAAUCCAUACAGUUAUCAGGAACACUUCUUGAGGAAGGACAGGUCAGAUCUAUAGUGGAUGGAAUUAAAGAAGUAAUAACUGCGAGUGUUCUCAGGAGGACAGAACGAACAGAGAGGGCAAAAGCUGAAGAUUUCGAUUCAGAAGAAGAGGAUCUACUCAGAGAAGAAAAUGAACAGGAGGAUGAAAUCUUUGAUCAAAUUGGUGAUUGUUUGGGCACUCUUGUUAAGACAUUCAAGACUUAUUUCCUUCCAUUUUUCGAUGAACUUUCCGUCUAUCUGACACCUAUGUUGGCCAAGGACAAAACAGUAGAGGAAAGAAGGAUUGCUAUAUGCAUUUUUGAUGAUGUUGCAGAGCACUGUCGCGAAGCAGCUGUCAGAUAUUAUGAUGCAUACCUUCCUUCUCUAUUAGAAGCCUGCACAAGUGAAAAUCCAGAUAUUAGACAGGCUGCAGUUUAUGGUAUUGGCAUCUGUGCUGAGUUUGGUGGCUCUGCAUUUAGGCCUCACACUGGUGAGGCCCUGUCUAGACUACACAAUGUAAUCAAACAUCCUAAUGCGUUGGACUUGGAUAAUGCGAUGGCAUAUGACAAUGCUGUUUCUGCUCUUGGGAAAAUAUGUCAGUUUCAUCGUGAUGGCAUUGAUGCAUCUCAGGUUGUUCCUGCUUGGUUAAGUUGCUUGCCAUUAAAAAAUGACUUAAUCGAGGCUAAGAUUGUUCAUGAACAGCUAUGUAUGAUGCUUGAGAAGUCAGAUAGGGAGCUUUUGGGUCAAAACAACCAAUAUCUUCCAAAGAUUAUCUCUAUUUUUGCAGAGAUAUUAUGUGCGGGUAAGGAUCUGGCAACAGAACAAACUUUUAGUAAGAUGGUUAAUUUGCUGAGACAGCUUCAGACAACAUUGCCUCCUUCAGUACUGGCGUCAACAUGGUCUUCUUUGCAGCCACAGCAACAGCUUGCACUACAGUCUGUGUUGUCGUCAUAGCUGAACAGUAACAUCAGUAAUGUUACGCAUGUGGCUGGCCUUGGCAUCUUGCUUUCCUUUUUUUGUUUUCAUGUGGUUUUGUGGUUGGGUUCUUGGGUUUUGUGCAGCAUACAAAUGCCCUGAGCUUUUGUAUGAAGGGCAUGGUUUGCAUCAGAAAUGUAUACUAUCACAGAAUAUCAUGAGCGUGUAUGGGGCUGAGCAAUCUCCGCUUCACUGCAAGUGAAGUUGUAAAGUUAUAUGUUUUGUUUUUUUACUAGCAAUUUAGUUGGAUUGGAAAAUGUAAAUUAACACAAUUUUGAUCGUCGAUGUUUUGACAUCAUAUUUUCUC